CUUCCGCUAGGGCUUUGCAGGUCUUGCCCAAAUUUGGAGAAAACAUUUUUGCGAGCAGGCCUACUUUCCAGAGGUUCACGCGCAUGCGCAGUUUUGUAUUCGCUGUCUCACGUUUUGUUUCUUGUCCGGCGUCGUUGUUUUGAGGGAGCCUCCACACCCGGCUCUAGUUUGUUCGAUAUCUUCCCGAGAACAAACAGCCAGGCGUCGCACGAUGCAGGCCCCGAUAAUCCUCCUGAAAGAAGGCACAGAGAACUCCCAGGGCAAGUCCCAGGUGAUUAGUAACAUCAAUGCCUGCCAGGUAAUUGCGGACGCGGUUAGGACUACGCUUGGUCCUCGUGGGAUGGACAAGCUCAUCGUUGACAACUCGGGCAAGGCCACCAUCUCGAACGACGGCGCGACGAUCAUGAAGCUGCUCGACAUCGUGCACCCGGCCGCCAAGACUCUCACGGACAUCGCCAAGUCGCAGGACUCCGAGGUGGGCGACGGCACCACCUCGGUCGUGCUCCUGGCCAGCGAGUUCCUCAAGCAGUGCAAGCCAUACAUAGAAGAAGGCAUCCACCCGCAGAUCAUCAUUCGUAGCCUUCGCAAGGCGGCGCAAUUAGCGGUCUCCAGGAUCCGCGAAAUCGCGGUGGCAGUCGAGAAGAACGGCGAGCAGCGGGAACUGCUCGAGAAGUGCGCCAUGACGACGCUCAGCUCCAAGAUGAUCGCCGGCCAGAAGGAGUUCUUCGCCCGGAUGGUGGUGGACGCCGUGAUGCAGCUAGACGAGCUGCUCCCGCUCAACAUGAUCGGCAUCAAGAAGGUGCAGGGCGGCGCACUAGAGGAGUCGCUGCUGGUGUCGGGCGUCGCCUUCAAGAAGACCUUCUCGUACGCGGGCUUCGAGAUGCAGCCCAAGAAGUACGAGAACCCCAAGAUCGCGAUGCUCAACGUGGAGCUGGAGCUCAAGGCGGAGCGGGACAACGCCGAGGUGCGCGUCCAAAAUGUGCAGGAGUACCAGAACGUGGUGGACGCCGAGUGGGAGGUUCUGUACGAGAAGCUGCGCAAGAUCCACGAGAGCGGUGCCCGCGUGGUGCUCUCCAAGCUGCCCAUCGGCGACGUGGCCACUCAGUUCUUCGCCGACCGGGACAUGUUCUGCGCGGGACGGGUCGUCGACGAGGACCUCCGGCGUACGGCCAAGGCGUGCGGCGGCGCCAUCCUCUCGACCGUAUUCGACCUGCAGGAGUCCAACCUGGGCCGCUGCGAGCUCCUGGAGGAGAUCCAGAUCGGCGGCGAACGCUACAACCUGUUCACAGGCUGCCCCGAGACGCGCACAGUCACCAUCAUCCUGCGUGGCGGCGCCGAGCAGUUCAUUGAGGAGACGGAGCGCUCGUUGCACGAUGCCAUCAUGAUCGUGCGGCGCGCCCUGAAGAACGACGCCGUAGUGGCCGGCGGGGGCGCCAUCGAGAUGGCGCUGUCCAAGCACCUGCGCGACUACUCGCGCUCGGUGGCCGGCAAGGAGCAGCUGCUUGUGGCGGCCGUGGCCAAGGCGCUGGAGGUGAUCCCGCGGCAGCUGUGCGACAACGCCGGCCUGGACGCCACCACGCUGCUGAACAAGCUGCGGCAGCGCCACGCCGCCGGGGACCUGUGGGCGGGCGUGGACAUCCAGGCUGGGGACGUGGCGGACAACCUGGCGGCCUGCGUCUGGGAGCCCGCCGUGGUGAAGACCAAUGCUCUGGUGGCGGCCACUGAGGCCGCCUGCCUGGUGCUGUCCGUCGACGAGACCAUCAAGGCACCCAAGUCGCAGGGUGACGACGAAGGGCGCGGGCGCCCCUUCUGAAGCUUCGGAGUUGGAAAUAAAGCAUCUUCUUUAAGUUAUCGCCAUUACGCACGA